AUGUCUGAACACACAGCCCUCAUUAACACUAACGAAACUGGAUUCCAGCACAGAUUUGAAGCUAUCUUUGAACAGCGUCUUCGCCCCUGUCUGACGGAGUUGAUUGCUACUGCCAUUUUUGUUUUUAUUGGAACCACUGCGGCCUGUUCAUCUAUGACAGUUGACGGGGUUGCCUUAGCGCAUGGUUUCACGAUUGCAUUGUUGAUCAUAGGAACAGGCUCGAUAAGUGGCGCCCAUAUAAAUCCUGCAGUAACUCUGGGAGUUCUGAUUGGCGGUGCAAUUGCUCCAAUUCAGGCGCUCUUGUAUAUUGUGGCUCAGUUAUUAGGAGCGAUUCUCGGCGCUGCAUUUUCUUUGGCUGUUAUUGGCUAUGACGCCUAUGGUACAUGUGGUGGUGGUGGGCAUGUAUUGCCAGCACACCAUACACCGGGACAAGCUGUCUUCUGCGAGAUCCUUCUGACCGCCCUCUUGGUCUCUACGGUACUUCUAGCAGCCGUAGACUCCAGCACUAAGAGCGAUCUGGCUCCCCUAGCAAUUGGGUUUGCCGUCACCGCGGAUAUUUUGGCAGGGGCAGCAGUCAGUGGCGCCUCCAUGAACCCCGCCCGUAGCUUUGGUCCGGCUGUGGUCGUUCAUAAAACAGAAGUUUGGAGUUACCAUUGGAUCUAUUGGGUUGGACCAGCUACCGGGGCAGCCAUUGCUGGUUUUAUCUACAGGUUGCUUUUGGCGGGACCUGAAAAGAGGAUUCGUCUUCAGGCCAGACAUUAA